AUGAAGUACUUAGCUGCCUAUUUGUUAUUGAAUGCCACCGGUGUUACCCCAUCUGCCGACAAAGUCAAAUCUGUUUUGGAAUCCGUUGCCAUUGAUGUUGAUGAAGAAAAGAUUUCCAGUUUGUUGACUGCUUUAGAAGGUAAAUCUGUUGAAGAAUUGAUCACCGAAGGUAAUGAAAAAUUGGCUUCUGUUCCAUCUGCUGCUCCAGCUUCUGCUGCUUCUGCUUCUGCUGACGCUGGUGAAGCUGCCGCUGAAGAAGCUGCUGCUGAAGAAGAAGAAGAAUCUGAUGAUGAAAUGGGUUUCGGCUUAUUCGAUUAA